AACUCUCUCAUCGAACUCGUCUCCAACUCUUCUUCCCAUCUUGCAGCGUGCCGUCCUCCAAUGGCUUCCACCAUGGCGCUCUCCUCCCCGUCCCUGGCCGGCAAGGCCGUCAAAUUCGGCCCCUCGGUCGCCGACGUCCUCGGCGGAGGAAGGGUCACCAUGCGGAAGACCGGCGCAAAGCCGAAGUCCGCCCCCUCCGGAAGCCCGUGGUACGGCCCUGACCGCGUCAAAUACCUAGGCCCGUUCUCCGGCGAGCCCCCGUCCUACCUCACCGGCGAGUUCCCGGGUGACUACGGGUGGGACACCGCGGGGCUCUCCGCCGAUCCCGAGACCUUCGCCAAGAACCGGGAGCUGGAGGUGAUCCACUGCAGGUGGGCCAUGCUGGGCGCCCUCGGCUGCGUCUUCCCGGAGCUGCUAUCCCGGAACGGGGUCAAGUUCGGGGAGGCGGUGUGGUUCAAGGCUGGAGCGCAGAUCUUUAGCGAGGGCGGGCUGGACUACCUUGGCAACCCCAGCUUGAUCCACGCCCAGAGCAUUCUGGCCAUCUGGGCGUGCCAGGUGAUCCUGAUGGGCGCCGUGGAGGGCUACCGCAUCGCUGGCGGGCCGCUGGGAGAGGUGACCGACCCGCUCUACCCGGGCGGCAGCUUCGACCCCCUCGGCCUCGCCGACGACCCCGAGGCCUUCGCGGAGCUGAAGGUGAAGGAGAUCAAGAACGGACGGCUGGCCAUGUUCUCUAUGUUCGGCUUCUUCGUGCAGGCAAUCGUCACCGGCAAGGGCCCGCUCGAAAACCUGGCCGACCACCUCGCCGACCCUGUCAACAACAAUGCUUGGGCCUACGCCACCAACUUCGUCCCCGGCAAGUGAGCAGCCUCUCCCACUGCCGCUGCCUGGCACACUUCAUCUGUAGCAAGUAGCAACCUCAGUCAUAUUGAACGAGAUUGCUGUUGACGAUGCAAAAUAGUUGUACUGUUGAUUUGUACUAUGGGAUUUAUUGUGCGGGCUAAUGACAUAUUAUCCUUUCAACUUCAA